CAACUUCCUAAGACGUGUUUACAAGCUGUAGCUAUGAAGCUGAAGAUGAAGCAGGAACAGAGCGGUUAGCGAGCUAAUGCUAACAACACCAUUAACCAGCCAGAUACUGUAGAACAAGCGGGUUUAAUCUAAAAUAUUUAGUGUAGUUUAAUUACCUGGCCCGUGUUCUUACAGCUGCUGCGGUCUGUACCCGGUAACCGACCCGGGGCUGUGUGUAGUUCUGCUGGAGGUAAGCUCUAGGCUGUUAGCUAGGCUAGGCUAAGCUAGGCUAGGCUGGGUUGAGUUGAGUGGUGGAGUGAAGGGAUGUGAGCGGAUAAAGCCGGGCAGAAUAAUGUACACUUUAUUAUCGGGUCUUUAUAAGUACAUGUUUCAGAAGGACGAGUACUGUAUUCUGAUUCUUGGACUCGACAAUGCAGGAAAAACGACAUUUUUGGAACAGACAAAAACCAAAUUCAGCAAGAACUACAAAGGAAUGAGCCUUUCCAAAAUUACAACCACCGUUGGGUUAAACAUUGGCACCAUCGAUGUAGGAAAAGCACGGCUGAUGUUUUGGGAUCUUGGAGGACAAGAAGAAUUGCAGUCCUUAUGGGACAAAUACUAUGCAGAAUCUCAUGGAGUGAUUUAUGUUAUUGACUCCACUGAUGAAGAGCGAUUGACUGAAUCAAAGGAUGCAUUUGAGAAAAUGAUCAGUAGUGAGGCUCUUGAAGGGGUUCCUCUUCUUGUUCUUGCAAACAAGCAGGAUGUAGAGAAUUGUCUGUCUGUACCAGACAUUAAGACUGCAUUCAGUGACUGUGCCCCAAAAAUUGGCAAACGGGACUGCCUGGUUCAGCCUUGUACUGCUCUUACAGGCCAGGGGGUGAAUGAAGGGAUUGAGUGGAUGGUGAAGUGCGUGAUCCGGAACAUACAUCGCCCACCCAGACAGAAAGACAUCACAUAGACAUACAGUGCUUGGAUUCCCACCAGCCGUGCGUGACAAGCAGGUGCUGACGUUUGAACUGGACUAACAUGUAGGUUGUGGCUACACAUUAAAGGAAAGGCAGUGUACUUUAUCAGAAGUAUGCUGUGGUGUAGAGGCUCAUCUCGGUGCAUCAGCUGUCAGCAGACGUUGAUGUUUGAUCUUUGUGUAUUAAAAGACUUUUUUUUUAUUGAUUAUUUUCCCCAUUUCUUCUCAAUAAAGGACUUAAUUUGGGUCUGAACUUCUCUUCAGUUAUAAACAUAUUCACUGCUACAACUGAUGUGAGUGUGAUGCAUCAUCCACAAUUCUGGACAAAAGUGUUUUGGUUAAUUUACUGUUUAUUAUAGCUGAAUUAUUAUCUACUGCUUUUUCUUCUUAAUGAGUACCCUGAUGAUUGGUGAGGUGUGGUCUGACAGUGCAGGUUUUAUCCAUCUAAAUGUGUGUUUGUUUGUUUGUUUUUGACUCAUAAAAUAUGUACAUUUUUGUAAAUGACUUCUAGAAAUUGUGUAAUAAAUAUUGAGGUGGAAAACAAGUUAA